UACCCUUAAUUAUUUUCGUUCUGACUAGUUCUUAAACUGCUCUGAGCGGUGCCUGUUGUGCUCUAGCGAGUGGGGAGAGGGCCAGGGGAAGCAAAAGAAAGCAAGAAAGUAUGCGACCAUGAAGCGAAUGCUUAGUCUCCGAGAUCAGAGGCUUAAAGAGAAGGAUAGAUUGAAACCUAAAAAGAAAGAAAAGAAAGAUCCCAGUGCACUCAAGGAAAGAGAAGUCCCCCAACAUCCUUCCUGCUUAUUCUUCCAAUAUAACACACAGCUGGGCCCACCUUACCACAUCCUGGUUGAUACCAACUUUAUCAACUUUUCCAUUAAAGCCAAACUUGACUUAGUACAAUCAAUGAUGGACUGUCUGUAUGCCAAGUGUAUCCCUUGUAUAACUGACUGUGUAAUGGCUGAAAUUGAGAAGUUGGGGCAAAAGUAUCGAGUGGCUCUAAGGAUUGCCAAGGAUCCAAGAUUUGAACGAUUACCAUGCACACACAAAGGAACCUAUGCAGAUGACUGCUUAGUACAGAGAGUAACUCAGCACAAGUGUUACAUCGUGGCCACAGUUGACCGGGACCUUAAACGAAGGAUCCGGAAGAUCCCUGGAGUUCCCAUCAUGUACAUUUCUAACCAUAGGUACAACAUUGAGCGGAUGCCAGAUGAUUAUGGAGCCCCUCGGUUCUAAUUCUAACACUCUAAAGAUAGAGUUCCUCUGCCUUCCUUUACCAACUUUUUCUGUUGCCAGUUCAUGUAGCAAUAUGCUGUAACAGGAAUUAUUCUCCUUCUUACCCAUUUGCUCUGUUAUGAGCUGAGUAUGGCUGAAUACACUCACUUUUGAUGUUGUUUUGAAAUUGACAUUUUGUAUCAUUUUGAAUUUUGUUGCAUCUUUUUAUAAAUCAGAUGAUUGCACACAUAA